AUGUUUAGCAAUCUUGAUUCAACUAUCCAACCUGUUAAAACUUGGUAUUCUGCUUUGAACAACACUUUGCAGCCAAAUAAUGCCUCUGGCAAUCGUAUUGGACCAAACAAAAGAUUAUCCUUAUCCCCAUCACUCAAAACAACCAAUUCCUCACCUUCCAUCACACAUAUCUUCAAACGUCUGGCAAGGAGUCAAUCCAUUUUGAAAACAAGUGGUAGUAAUACAUCAUCGGUUAAUACCCCGUCUUGGCUAUCCAUAAAAAAAAGAGGACAACAGGCAGGAGGAAAUGAAGGGGUCAAGAUUUAUAUGAAAUCUCCGCAUGUAGUAGCAAAUGGUGAACUCUCAGGCACUGUCGUUAUUCAAUCGGAAGACAUUUUACUACUCGAAGAACUCGAAUUGUCAUUUAUUGGGAUAGAAGCCGUCAUUGAUCCACAAUCGAGCAGCGUUGCUCAUCAAUACCAGUUCUUGACGUUGCGGAUAUUUAGAAUCAACUCUCAACAAGAGAUUCAGUCACAUACUAUCGUUUCCGAAAACAUGAUUUGUAUACCUUUUGUGGUCACUUUGGCUCCUCAUUUAAGCGGCACUUACAAAGAUAAGAAAUGCUUUGUCCAAUACUGCUUGCAAAGUGAUAUAAAGUCCAAUGGCCAAGAUGUCAUCACGACCAAGAAACAGGUUCUGGUUUACCCUAAUGUAGCUUCAUUGAAAUCACUAAAAGACGCAAUCGACCUGUAUGUCCCAAUUAUAGAAAACGAUAAACAAGUAUGGAAGUCAUUGACAUCGUCUGUGGCAAUGGAUUUAUCGUUGUCUCGCAUAGUUUGGAUGUCAGGUGCGCCUAUUUAUGUAACAGUUAAAAUUAAUAACUCGACAACGUACACAAUUUGUGACAUGAAACUCGAGCUAUUACGUAAACAGAACACUUACUCUGCAAGUGAGGGAGAAAUGCUUAUACCCCUGACCUCUUGCUGUGAAAUUGUGUCACAUACCUCUUUGUCAACUCUAGGUUGGUGGCAACCUUUGAAACCAAACACCAAAGACCAUGUCGUUAUGACAGUAGAAGCUCCGCCAAAUCAAGUAACCAUCCGGAACCAAAAAUUAAUUGACGUAUCAUUUUCAAUUCGAAUGUUGAUUUCUUCUCCUCAAAGGACUGACGUCGUAUCAGAGAUUCCGGUAAUGUUAGUCCAUCCAAUCGCUUUAGAUCCUCCUCCAUUAUUGCUGGCCAAACCAAGCACAAUCGAAUCGACCUUAAUUUUAUCCGAUCCAAAUAUCAGAAAAUCCUUUGCAAAAGCAUCCACAAGUUCCUCAUCGUGUACGGAUUCUUUAACUUCCAUCUUGAGUAGCACAAAGCCUAUAUCCAUCUCUUCCAUAUCCAAUCAUCGUCAUAUCAGCCCCGUCUCAAAUAAUUUAAGCGAACCCAAAGCCUUGGAAAAAAUGAAAAACAGUAUAUCCAGUUGGGGAACCAUUCUCUCUCGGAAAUUGUCUAGCACCCGUAUUACUGCUUUCCAAAAUGAUCGACCCACCCGUCCCGAUAUUUCAUCACCGAUGAUUGCGUCUCAAUUAACCAGUCAUGAUUCGGUUGCUUCUUCCAUCUAUUCGUCGCCAUCGUCAUCAGGUUCGAAAACAGGAGAUCCUUCUAACAAGACAUAUCGUGAAGAACAGAGAAGCGUCAUGAAAUUUGGCCAGAUUAAAGCACCUAAAAGAUUUGGUCAACAACCGGGAUGUUUAGGCGAUGCAGGUUUAGACAUCCGCAACUGCUUUAAUGUAGCCACCGCAAACGAGGCAAUACAAAGCUAUGCAGCUGAGAAAGUAGAAAUACCAGAUGAUAUCGCUUUCUAUUCUUCCAGUAGUGAUGAUGAAUCAGACGAGGAGAAUAUCCCUCUAGCAAAGAAUUAUCUAGACAACCUUUUAUCUUAUUUAGAACCUAUGGAAGUGUUGGAGUUAAAAAAAGGCAUGAUGGCACCGAAUGAAAAGUGCCAAGUAGAAAACUCCAUGCUUGAAAACAGUUAUGAACAAGGGAACCAUACAAAGAGAAUGAUAGCUUCCUCUAGACAUAUAUCACGCACACAAAAAAAUAAUGCCAACUCUUUAAAAAGGGAUACUCCAGUACCUUUACCUCCUAGUUCUGUUUUAUAA